CAAGCCUCACGCUUUCCCACCGUGACCUCAGUCCGUCGUUGAGCCAAUGCACGCCUCCUAGCAUUAGCUUUAAUGAAAGCUGGUGGGAGACAAUCAUAAAUACAUCAAACUUUAUAUCGGCUGCUGUAUUUAACCUGCGACUAUUUAUCCUCGCACGUAGCUGACCCACCCAUUCAUCCGACAGCAGGGUUAGCAGGAGACAUGGCCGCUAUCGACGAGCUUUCUCCAGCUGCGGGCCCAGUGUCUACCCGGCCCCCUGAAGACGAGAUUGACGACGACGAAGAUGAGGACCUGGAUGAGACUCUGAUGGAGAGACUGUGGGGCCUGACAGAGAUGUUUCCUGACACAGUUCGUACAGCUGCUGAGGUGUCUGCACAAUGCUCCGUCUCACUUGCAAAGAAGUUGUAUAGUUUUUCCCGCUCGGCGCUCUGGGUUGGCACUACCUCCUUCAUGAUCCUUGUGCUGCCUGUCGUGUUUGAGACAGAAAGACUACAGCUGGAGCAGCAGCAGCUACAACAGCAGAGACAGAUCCUGUUGGGGCCCAACACUGGAAUGUCUGGUGGGAUGCCGGGCAUGAUGCCUCCUGCACCUGGCAAGAUGUGAGAGACGGCGAGGAGUCAACAUGAAUCUGAGAUCCACUGUAGAGAUGCAGCAUGGCCGGCCACAAGGAGAGACAGAGAGACCAUAGAGAAGACCAAAGAACUGAAGUUAAAUGUGAAAGAAGAAACCGCUGUAUGCCAACAGUGCUACAUUCUGCUCACUCCAACUGAUGGAUUAGCUAAUGUGAUCAGAGGAGAACGUGAUUUUUCAUACACUUCUCCCUCGCUGUCUCUCCUUACUCCAACAUCAUGCAAAGACUUUUUUCCCAGGAGCACUGCUUCUGUUUUGUUUUUCUUUUUUAAAAUAUUAUAUCGACAUAAAUAAUGUGUUCUUUAGGGAGCAGCAGGUACAGGUGGAUGCAUUGAUUGGAGAAAAAAUUAGGAGUUAACCAAUUUUUUGUCUUGGUGUUAGCAGUUUGAAAAACCCUUAUGUACAGUAUGUUGGAUGUUUUUACUACCGUGUUUACUGGUUUCCCUUCUGUGUGGUAAAAUAUGCUAAAAAUGUCUGAAAGCCAUGUCUCAUGCAUUUUGGAGGAAACUGAACACAACAUAAUUUGAUAAGAAUGUUGCCUACAGAACAGUCUGAAGUUCUUACAGCAAAAUGACAGUCAGUGUGAUAUCUGUCUUUACAUUUGUCACAGCUCACCAUUGUACUAUGGAUGUAUAGUAGGAAUACAAUGCAUCUCACUUUGAAUCUGCCACAGCAGCUAGUUUUAUUAUGCUUCUUUGAUUGCAAAAACAGGGAUUACAUAAGACAGCAACACGUGUUGGAUUAAGAUGCUGGUUAUCUCUCCAUUGAUGGCACAAGAAAUGCAAAAUAGCUUAGUCAUCUAACAAAAGGAACCUUUUUUUGGACAAAUGUGCCUGUGGUGGUUUAUAAGAAUUGACACCAUAUAAAAUGCCCAGUCUUAAGAGAAAGUGUCUUUCUGUUGUCAUACAUGUGAUAUUUAGAAUUCACAGUACCUUAACCCAUUUCAGUAAACAAAGCCAUAUUUCUGUUUGUGUUCAACGACUGCUAUAAUUAAAACACCAAAUCAAA